GGGACGCGGGGACACACCUUUAAACACACGACGAAACCAAAAGCGUGGAGCCGGUCGACAGAUACCUGAAGUUAAACGUAGGUUUGAGGCAACACAAAAUGCGGCUUCAAGUAGCGGGCUUCUGGGUUUUUGGGAAUGCUUCUCCAGACUGCCAGUAAAGAGAAGAGAGUGACAGUCCUUUCUGUCAAUUCACACCUGAAGACAUGUGCUGGACUCUGUCUGAGUGGAAAGUACUGCUGCUGACUGCGCUGCUGUGGGACGGCCUUCAUGCUUUGGGACUGAAACCUACGAGAUGGCCACUGUAUUCCCAAAAGCCUCUGCUUCUCGCUUGGAAUGCCCCGACUGAAGACUGUACCCCAAGGCAUGGUAUUCGCUUUCAGCUGGACCAGUUCCAGAUCGUGGCUUCACCCAAUGAGGGCUUUGUCAAACAGAAUCUCACCAUCUUCUAUCAGGACCGACUGGGCUUGUACCCCUACUUUCAGCCAGGUGAAACACCAGUGAACGGGGGGCUGCCGCAGUUGGCCAGUCUCACACAGCACCUGGAGAAGAUGCCGGAGGGAGUGCAGAAGUAUAUACGUGAACCAGGUGCCAAGGGUCUGGCAGUUAUUGACUGGGAAGAGUGGCGCCCACUUUGGAUACGUAACUGGAAAACCAAGAAUGUAUACCGCGAACAUUCUCGUCAGUUGGUGCGCCAGAAGAACCCAUCCUGGCCUUCAGAGCAGGUGUCAAAAGUGGCCCAGCAGGAGUUUGAGAUGUCCGCCAGGAAGUUCAUGCUGGAGACGCUUAGGGAAGCCAAAAACCUGAGGCCCAACCAGCUGUGGGGGUUCUACCUAUUCCCUGACUGCUACAAUCACGACUACAGUCGCACUCUGGAGAACUACACAGGCCGCUGUCCUGAUGUGGAGGUGGCCCGCAACGAGCAGCUGAAAUGGUUGUGGACUGAGAGCACAGCCCUCUUCCCCUCCAUCUACAUGGCAGAUGUGCUGCGUUCCUCAGCCUAUGGACGUCAGUUUGUCCGGAACCGGGUAAAAGAGGGGAUGCGUUUGGCAUCAUCAGGCGAUGGGUUGGCACGUCCUGUUUUUGUGUACACCCGGCCCACCUACACCAACUCCCUGGAACAGCUGACAGAGAUGGACCUGGUCUCCACCAUCGGUGAGAGUGUGGCUUUGGGAGCAGCUGGAAUCAUCCUGUGGGGAGAGGCAUCGUAUGCAAGCAGCAAAAACAGCUGCUCAGACCUGGAUGCAUAUCUGCGGGGUCCUCUGGGUAAAUACCUCCUCAACGUUUCCACGGCAGCAGAGCUAUGCAGCCAGACGUUGUGUGGUUCUCACGGCCGCUGUCUGCGCAAAAAUCCAGACAGUGAUAUUUACUUGCAUCUGAACCCGCUCACCCACAGUGUCAUCAGUGAGGGUGGCAAGCUGACAGUUACCGGUGAGCUUGGCGAAGCAGAGAAGAUGAGUUUCCAAACCAAGUUUCAGUGCCAGUGCUACAGCGGCUAUGAAGGAGAGGGCUGCGAUCAGACAGACCCUCUGCACCAAAGAGGGGCGGCAUCUCAAGCCGUGGCAUCAGUACUGCAAUGUGUGAUCUUACUGAUUGUUUCUCUGCUCUUCUGUUAGUGUAUCUUACAUACUGAAGACACAUUUCAAAAUACAGGAGCGUACGAGAUGACAAGUUGGAGAAGUUUUUAGAAGUUUUUAUCUUUUAAUUGCUGUAAAAUAUGGAUGACAUGAAAUGAAUUUUUUAAACAAACACUGUGGAAAUUGCAAAGUUUUAUUUGUUCUUUUAAUUUUAAUCUUUUUUUCUUUUCUUUUUUUAAACAACAGAGGGCUUGCUGGAAAUGACCUUGUUUACAUUUUGCUCUCAGUUUCCUCUCCCUUGUGCUAUCAGUCACUGUUUCCCAAGGUGUCAUAUUCCCUGUUUCUCACAGAGAAGAGGUUUUUUUUUUGGGUGGAAAUGUGAUGAAUGAGUGGAUGUGUAUCAGUUGCUGUGUGUUAAAAGGGGAUUUGAUGCUCUGGUAUUAGCACAAUAUAUUUAAAGUGCCUGAUCUUUUCCUUCACUACGACCUCUCUCUCGGAUGUUUUGAUGGAGGCAAUUACACCAUUACUAUUUAUUUGAAUGUAUUUUUAGGUGUUUUAUAUGAUAUUUCUAUGUCCAAAACAUGACUACUACUUAAAAUUCACACCACAUUACUCCAUCCGUGCCAAAAAAUAACAGCCUCAUGUUUCAGCGGCUAUUUGACUUCAGAAGCACAAACGAUGUAAGAAGCAAAUUUCUUCCACAAUUUCACUGACUCUCUGUGUGCUGUUUUCUCAAAUCUGACUAUUGCCAAAGUAAAUAAACUUCUUUGUUUA